AUGAAACACAUGAAAGGAGGUGAAGUCCCCGCCCCAGAUGGAGAUCCCAGCGUUCGUAAAGCCAAUGCCAAGAAACUCGCGGCUGGAUACACCAAGAAGAAACGAUUCUUGGAAUGCUGUUAUCUCUCCUUGGCCACCUAUCUCUGGUUUACGCAAUUCCUUGUGAUUGCCCGCUACUUUGUCCACAGCGGGGAUGCGAAGAUCACCCAAUUGGCGUGGACUCCACUCAUGAUGGUCUGUGCAAUGACGCUCGCGGACUUUAUUGGCGGCAUUGCCCACUGGGGACUCGACACGUGGGGAACUCCCGACACGCCCGUCUUUGGAAACUUCAUUCGAUCAUUCCGCGAACACCACGUCGAUCAGGCAGCCAUGACGAAACACGACUUUAUCGAGACAAAUGCCGACACAACACUUCCACUCAUUCCAGUGUUACUUCUACAACGGUAUUUUCUUUACUAUGGCGCUAGAUCCUCCACCACUGCCGCCGCCGCACAAACUAUUGGUGAAGGGCAUUCUUCUUCAUCAUCUUCUUAUGCCUAUAAUGUGAGUAAUGAGAAUGUCGGUAUGCAUGUGUUUCUCUUGACGUUAACACUUUGUAUUGCCUUUACAAAUGAAAUUCAUAAAUGGUCUCAUGAGGCGAAACCCAAUCCAGUGGCGCGGGCGUUGAUGGCACACAAUGUUAUUCUCACACCACUUGGACACCGUCGCCAUCACCGUGAUAAUCAUGAUAUCAGUUAUUGUAUUACAACGGGUUGGCUGAAUGUGUUUCUCGAUAAGGUGGAGUUCUGGAGAAAGGCAGAGACGGUGGUAACAGCACUCACAGGGGCUAUUCCUCGCGCGAACGACCAACACCUGCUUGGGAAAUAA